AUAGCGGUAUAGAAUCCAUCUAGAUUCUAACACACUUGAAACAAGAUGAACCAAGAAGUGGAUAUAGUAGGCACUUAUGCCAAUGAACUGGAAACGCAGGCGUGCGUAGACUACGCAACUACAGUCAUGAGGGUUCGUAGAGCGGCUGUAGAAAGGCAUCACUGCAAAACUGUAGAUGCCUGCUCAGGAUAUACCCUAGUGGCAUCCUCAGAAACCUGUGAUUUCAUAGGGUGCCACAACUCAUUUGCAGUGUUCACACUGUUGGAACAAUGUCCAGUUAGAAAGAAGCAAGGAUUGCGAAACGUGGCCACAGUGCUAAUAUCCAUUAAAUGCGAGUAUGUAGACCUUAACGGGAAGUUAUGUAAAUAUUUAUUCCAAGUGCUAGUGGAGCAUGACGUCUGCAACCACGGAUAUUUCCAACAAAUGGAAGUAAAUGUUAAUGGAACGCUGCUCCUUCUAGCAGCGAAAUCGGAUGUAUACGUAGUACGCGUGCCCAGUGAGAUGGAUGAUAACACAGUGACAUACGACCCUAGUAGUAACACAUACCUCUACACCAGUGUACUACGAGCAGAGGUAAUGCACGAAAAGCACUCUAACUCCAAAGGAUACCCACAUUACAGUGUAGUAAAGGCAAAGUUCCACCAGCAAUAUGCCAAUACCAUAUGCAUAUUAACCAUGGAGAGAUUAGACAGGAAUCCAGAAUGUAUAUCACAAAAUGGAUUUAAGCAUUCAAUAACUACUAAAGGCACUAAUAGAACUAUAUCAACUGGUUCCAAUGUCCGGGAAAGUCAAUUGGCUGGAACCAAUUCAGUAUACACAGAAAGACCCGAUCACAACGGAGUUGAUUCCGUGCAAAGAGCUACAAGCAAUUUAGAUCAAGCUUUGCAGAAUAGCCACGAACUCAUCGGGGUGUUACGGAUAUUCAACGUAGAAGAAAGUAUAGAUAACGCUUAUAUAUACAUGGAAUUCAGUGAAGCCAUGUGCAGAACUGGGACGAAUGAAGCUAGUUAUGACCCAUAUGCAGCACCCAGAGGAACAGUGGUUGACUUCUGCUGGGAAGCAUACGAAAACGAUGGGUGGAAUAAGACAUGCGUGUUUGUCAUGUCGAACUACGGAUUCGUCUUUGCAUACUGCCCAGUGCUACUACCCGGGUGCGUGCACAGUUUCAGAAACAAACAACGUAUCGUAACCAAGGCAACAACACUGAUGUGCGAAGGAUACCGCAUGAAAGAUGCGCCUCGACUGGAUUCAAUACAAACACCAGAAGAUAUUAGCCUCUUGAUUAAAAGUCUGUCGGCUAUAGAAACAAAUGGAUUCGUUAAUCAACUGGAUUACGUUGAAGAAGAGGAUGGAAAUGCCCCGGUUAAGCUUAUACCCUCCGUAUAUAGACUAGAGACUACCGACGAUGUGGACCACGGGAAUUUCGAGUCGUUCACCGUGAUUAACACAGAGCCACGCCUAGAACUGUUAGCAGCUGCAACGAAUGGACGUAUGGUGCUAUAUCACGGUAACAGCGCAAUCAAACCUUGCACAUCGCAUUUCUACAGACCUGGUGCCAAAAGGGAUAUACAGUACCUCAACUAUGUACAUACGUACAAUACACAGGGGCGAUUCGGAGCGAGCGUGCAAGUAUCCAGGGUUAAUACCUACUGCGUGGCCCACUCCGCAGCAGAGACGUGCACAGUCAACGUAGAAGAUAAGGAAAUAUCACUGCAUAGACUGGUGAAACAUCGAAUAUCCGGAAACCAUAUAUUUACACACUCCCAACCUGUGAUUGUAGCCUCGGAUGGUCGACGGAUAGGUAAUCACGGCCUGUACAUGAUACAAGCGUUGUACUGUUACCUGACUUCGCACGAGGAGCUGAGGCACGUGAAAACUGUAGUGACCCAACUAGUAACAAACGAACAUAUUGAUAUUACACCAGCACUGUCUGACUUGCCAUCGUCACAGACCAGGGAACUUGAUUUUAAUGCACCCAAGUUGCCCUCGCAAUUACAACUAGGAGAUGCAGUACCUUCCUAUCUGCAGUACGCCAAAGAAGCAUUAAACAAGACACAAUCUAUGUUUACAGAGGCACGGAAGAUUACACGCAGUUCACAGGAUUACAAGGAGAAAACUGUAGCUCUUGCCAAGCAACUUGGGACCAUUGAUACUGAAAUAAUGCUGAAACUUAAGACACAAACGAGAUUAGGACAAGUGGUACAGAAUUCAGUGGAUUCAUUCAACGUUGUCUACACGGAUAUCGCACAAGUGCUGAACACAUUACAGGAAUAUCGCAACAAGGUCAUUAAACUAAAGGAACGUGCAGAAGCCGUGCAAAAGGCAGCACGAGAUAUCAGGGAACGUCGUAACCGGGUUAUCGCACUGGAACGUGAAUUAAUGCGCCAAAGGCUGCAAGAGGCAGAAGUAAACCAUCUCAACGAUCUUAGCACACAAGUAUACACAAGAUGCGCAGAUAGAAUGCGUAGAUACAUCACAUGCAAAGCAACACAGGCAGGAGAAACCCAGGGAUUCCGUGAUUGUGUCAAGCGAGUUGUGGACGAAUGGAUAUACGACACGCUCAAGGCCAACGUGGAAUCCAUGGAACAUACAUUCACACGGUUACGUGACCUAAACAACCGCGCAUUAGAAUUAGAUUGAUAUGGAACUGCUGUGACAUAAAUUAUAAUGUAGUU